UACGGUAUCAACACCAAGCGAGUUUGAGGGAGAUGGGAAGAAAUGAGGUCUGAUAAGGACCAAAUGACCGCGGGUAAAGAGAAAGGUAUCGUCGAAAUACAAUUAAAAGACGUCCCAAGAGAGCAGGAAAACGUUCCCACCAGCGCUAAGCAGAAAGAAGAGAAGAAGGAGCUUUUCACGAAGGUGGUUAUUCGAAGACUCCCACCUAAUCUGUCACAGGAACAAUUGGAAGAGCAUCUCAGUCCUCUUCCAUCGUAUGACUAUUUUGAGUUUUUCCCAGCAGAUCAAAGUCUCUAUCCCCACCUGUUCUCCCGAGCUUAUAUCAACUUUAAAAGCACAGAAGAUAUCCUGCUGUUCAGGGAUCGAUUUGAUGGCUAUGUCUUCAUUGACAACAAGGGUCAGGAGUAUCCUGCUGUAGUAGAGUUUGCCCCAUUCCAGAAGAUUUCCAAAAAGAAGCUGAAGAAAAAAGAUGCUAAAGCCGGAAGCAUUGAAGAAGAUCCAGAAUACAGGCGAUUCUUGGAGAACUACUCCUGUGAGGAGGAGAAGUCUAUGGCCAAUCCUGAAACACUUCUUGGGGAAAUAGAAGCUAAGACCAGAGAGCUCAUUGCCAAACGAACAACCCCUCUGCUGGAGUACAUCAAAAAUAAGAAGAUUGAAAAGCAGAGGAUAAGAGAGGAGAAGAGAGAAGAGAGAAGAAGAAGGGAGCUUGAAAAGAAAAGGCAACGGGAGGAAGAGAAACGAAAGCGGCGAGAGGAGGAGAGGCGCAAGCGAAAAGAGGCAGAGAAGCAGAAAAAGCUGUCUGAUAAAGACAUUAAAAUUAAGCUCCUAAAGAAGAGUGACAGAGAUGAUGACGUUGAUUCAGACCGAAUGAAGGAAAAAAGUGACCCUUGUGAUGCAGGUGGGGGCAAAUGGGAGAAAGCUGGUGGACAAAUGAAGUCAAAAGAACCAAAAGAAAACAGAGGUCAGCCUGAGAGCGACAAAGAGCAGAGGGAGCAGCACAGCCGCAGACAGAGAGAUAAGGAUCACCGCGGUAAGGAUGAAGAGAGAAAACGGCAACGACACCACUACGAGUUUGACAAGUUCAUGCGUCGGAAAGAUGAGACAAAAUGGGGGAAGGGCUACUGCCAAGAUCGAGCCAAGAAAGAGGGUCAUCAUCAUGGCUAUUCUUACUGUCCUGACAAUGGAGAUAAAAUGGGAAAGGAGGACAGGGAGGACCUGAGCAAUAGAAAGGAACGCCUCCGAAACAAGGACCGUCCUGCCAUGCAGCUUUAUCAGCCGGGCGCGCGUAACAGGAAGCGUAUGAGUUCAACUAAUAAAGGCUAUGACUGCCUCCCCACUGGCCAUUCCCACGAAUGCAGGACGGAGCAUUGUUAUGAGGUUGUCGCCAUGACAGCGGAGAUGGAGAGGGGCUUUGAGAAAAGCAAAGAUGAGCAGUCCCCAAAAUGACUCAGCAGAGCAGAGCAGAUACCAAGCAAGGAAGUCAGGACUUUUCUGUUGACCUACGAGACCGUGUUGUGUGAAAGCACCAGCAACUGGCAAACAUUUGAUCAUCCUAGAAAGCACUGUGGUCCCCAUUAUUUAGAAACAGAAGAAGGUUGGAAGCACUAGGACCUUCCAUAGAUCUGGCCGCCAGAACCAACUGAAUCAUCAGAGAAAAAGGAACUUGGUAAAAGAAAUGACUUGUUUUUUAUGCAGAAGAAAAUGAGUCAAUAGUCUGUAUUGAACGGAAAAUGAAAACAAUCAAGACAGUCAAAACUAUAUAUUGUUCAAUACAACAAUGGCUCAAAGCACACAGUCAAGAUAACAAGGAAGUGGCUUCAGUAGCAAUCUGCGAAUGUCCUUAAGUGGCCCAUCCAGAGCCUGGACUUAAAUUCAGUUUAAUAUCUGUGGAAAUACCUGAAAAUGAUUGCCUACCAAUACUACCCAUCCAAACUGACUGAGCCUGAGAGGAUAUGCAUUGAAGGCAUGGGGUGCCAUGCUUGUAGAGACAUACCCAAGAAGUCUUCAGGCUGUAUGUUUAUGGACCUAUUAGGUUACAUUUAAAUUUUAGAAAUUUACAUGUCUAAAAUAUUUUUUCACUUUGUUACAAUUGGCAAUUUUGAGUUUGUAAAUGAGAGUUAAACUCAAAUUGGUUUUAUAAUAACUCUAACAUCACAAAAGAUGGAAAAGGUGUACCAAUGGGAAUAUUUUCUGGUGACACUGUAUCAGAGGAGAAGAACAGCCUUAGAGCCUUUGAAUAAUGAGAAGUAAAAUUACAAAUGUCAAAAUUACAAAUGUCAAAGUGAAAUGAAUAGUGACAUGAAUAAAUUGAUUUACUGUUUUAUUUUUUAUUAAUGCUGUCAGAAAAAAAGCACUGUCAAAAGUAUAUGACAAAUUUUUGUUUUUGUGCUCUCAGUUUUUGUGUUCAACUGUGAGAAAAUAAAUUUCUUCUGUUAAGACA